GAACUAGUCUUGCAGUUCUUGUUAUUUAUUCGAAAUUUUACACACGUCCUUUUCUUUCCAAGAAGCUACUCAUCUGUCGGAAGCGCCGAUAUCGGACUACUAAAGAAUUUAGCAGCCUUACAAACUAACUUCUCAAAAUAGUAGUUUUUUGUAUCAUUUUUUUUUACUUGACAAGGUAUCUUCACGAAACUUGGCAUAGAUUAUUCUCCAAAGCAGCGUUGAUUUACAAUAGGUUUUAAAAUUAGCUUCUAAACACUCACGAAGACUUCGUUUACCCAACACACAUUUUGUUCUUGUUCGUUUGAUUAUUUUAUAAAUUCUUUGCAUAUAAUAAGUAAACAAAGACAAAAAUUUGCUAAUGAGAAAUAAUUAUGAUUUAGAUGGGGUAUAUAAGAAUUUGCGAAUUUAAAAUGAAAGAGGAGGCAGAAAGAAUGCAAUGGCCAACCAGAGAAUUUCACGAAAACGAGCAAAAGUUUACAUUACAUAUCCUUGAAGAAGCCAAAUCCAGAAUUAAUUAUAUUUAAAAAGGAUUGUAGACAAACGAUUGCACUUAUUGAAAUAAACGAAUUUAACGCGUUGGUGGCCAAAUAACAUAAUCUUGGAAUACCUGUAACGUUUUCGUAUUUUUGUUACAUCUUCCCAAUAAUCUAUAAAACCUGGAAACUAACAAGUUUUUAUCAAAUAAAAAAAACAAACAAACACUUUUCAAUGUUAUUUUCACCACAGUCAUCAAUUCUGACACAAUCAGCUGUAGCAGCCAACAUCGCUGGCUUUAUCUUGAUGGGAAUAACAUUCUAAAAACAUCUGAAGAACAUUUUAAUAUCAUAACAAAAAGUUUAAGCAUUUAACAAGUGAAGAGAAAACAAUUAUUUAAAUAUAUAAACUAAUGUGUAGCACAUAUUGGUGUCUAUUAGUGGCAUUUGCGUAUAUGUAAGUAGUGCUCCACAAAAAUAGUUUGACGUUUAUACAAAACCCCUAGAGGUUGAGAAUGCAGUGGCGGCAGGUGGAAAUUUUCGAUUUGUUAUCCAUGUACAGAGAAUCUGAGUGCCUAUGGAACGGUCUAAACCCUGAAUAUAAAGACAUGGACUUGAAGAAAAAUGCAUGGAGGGAAAUCGCUACAUUCUUCGGAAGAAAAGUGGAGGAUGUAAAGAAGAAAAUAAAACAUUUGCGUACUAGUUACCUUUUAGAGAAAAAGAAAGUUGAAAGAAAGAACACCGAAUCCGGAGAUUCUAGAUAUGAGCCGCGUUUAUUCUACUAUGAUGAAAUGACCUUUUUGGACCCCGUCGUAAUUUUUCGAUUUAUUAAGCCUACAGAACAAAAUGGAGAUCCCAUAAGUGAAAUAAAACAGGAGAGCUCUACAAACGAUGGACCUAUGAUAGCUGAAAAGGUAAUUCUAUUUGCUAAAAACAUCAAACUAUUCAGUAAAUCUCAGACGGAGCGAUCACAUUCGGAACUUUCUCCUACAAAAAGACUGCGUGAUAUAAGCGAUGUAGACUCAGAUAAUGAACUAGAAGACGAAUUAGAAGCGGAAGAGCAUUUAAGUAAGGAAGAUACUUUUUGUGCAAUGCUUUGCAGUGAACUUAAAUCACUUAAAUCGGAAGAUAUAUAUGACAAUGUGACAUCUGAAAUUUUUAGUAUUCUAAGGAAAGCUAAAAUGGCAGAACGUCAAAAAAUAUACCAAACCGAAGAGAAUAGCAGAGUAGCUAGUAUAAAGAUGUGAAGGUACGCCUUUUCUAAUUCACCACAAUAAAAGUUGCGCUCGCGUAUCGGAAGAAGGAAUUUUUAAGAGCAUUUGAGGAAUAUACCA